AUGCCUCGGCCAUCGACUCCUGGAAGGAUGGUUAAAAGCCCUGGCCCCACAAGGCCGACCUCACCACCCCAGACCCCCAAGUCCAGUUCGGCAUCUAAACAGCAGAAGAACCGCAAGGGCAAUUGGGGAGGCCGCAGUCGACAGUCCAAGCAGCAACAGGCUAUCCGGGAGCAGCUGUCGCACCACCACUUUGGUGCACAAUUCAUGGAUGAUCUGGACGACGGUCCCGUCUAUGGUUUUCGACCCGGCCCACGAGGUGCCGACCGCUUGUCCCCCCGUUCUACCCUAUCCGUCUCGGAAGAUGAGACCGAAGAUGAGGUCGACGACGAGGUCGAUGACGAGGUCGACGAAAAUGACGAAGAAGAGGACGACGAAGACGCUGAUGCCGAGUCGUCCGCAAGCGACAGCCCACCACCUUCUUGCAGCCCUGGACGAUUCACGAAGUCUUCCACAGGAUCGACACAACCGGUUUUCCAGAACGGCUCAUAUGCUGCCAACUCUAAAGGGAGUGUACCCUGUGCGGUCACUGCACAAGUCACCGUCGAAACUUUUGAGAUACGGGAGUACGAUGACAGUGACGACGAUGACUGCGUUGUCAUCCAUCCCGACGUCAUCGAAGACGCUGAUUCAGAGAGCAGUCGGUCUCGUUCCCGCUCGCGUAGUCGUCAGCGGCGAGACAGCAACAUGGCUUCGGAAAUGCGAGAUCUGAACGUUUUUGCAUCCUCAGACGAGGAUGAUCUCGAGGAGACCGAGUACGAGAGGAAAAUGAGAGAACAUCGCGAAGAAAGACGGCGGGCCCGCAUGAAUUCAGGCAGCAUCACCAAACGUACAAUCAGCGAGCGCGGCAGCGACAGCGACAGCGAGGACCUUGCCAAUGGCCAUGGCUUACCUAGUCCCCACGACCCGAACGACGCGGCUCACCGUCGCUUGCGCCGAAGGCUGGCGCGCAACAGUGUUUUGUUCCAUAAGCCGGCUGCGCCGAAAAUCGAUGAGGCAGAUGAGCCCGACUCGAGCGAUGAGGAAAGGGAUGUUCUUCUCGCACGCGAGCUUUCCUUCUUUAACUACAUCUUCAUGGAGGUUGACUCCCCGUGA